ACACUUGUAAAUUCAGCAAAGUAGAAAAAAAUAUAGUUGCUGAAUGUGCAUAGUAGUUUUUGUGUAAUAUAAAAUAUAAUUUAAUACAAUAUGAGUGAAGGGAGGAAUCCACUCGAAAGAUUUUUUAACACUGUGUACAAUGUAAUUGAUACUCCUGUUACAUUUUUCAAAGAGAAGAUCGUAGAGCCGAACCAGCAGAAGUACAACUGGUACCACCAGAAGUUCCGGAGGGUCCCCACCAUCGACGAGUGCUACACUGACGACGUGGUGUGCUACACGGAGGCCAAUGAGCAGUUCAAGAGAGACAAGAUGGUGGAGAGCGCGAUCCUGAACAUCGUGCGGCAGCGCUUCGAGGACUGCGUCAUGUACGAGAAGCCCGACCACAAAGUCAAGUGCCAGCCGCUGUACGACCAGUACAACGAGGCCGCCGAGAACUGGUUCAUCAAAUACGGGGACCUGGGCUUCUACGGCACGGUCAUCUCGGCCUACAUGAAGCAGAAGCACCGCAUGGCGUGGGAGCAGCGACACGGCCCGGUCGGCACCGGCAUGAAGGACACGGCCGUCGCCUGAGCGGCCGGCACGGCAAGUAGCGGUCUCUCCUCAGUUGUAAAUAAACACGUGUCCUUGGAACCGGUCUCCGGCGAGACGGUUCCCUCCCGUGUAGUUCGAUGAUUAAAGGAUCCUUUUCAAACAA